CCUACAGCACCCUCUUUUUUUUAAUUAAUUUUUUCCCCUUCCUUUUUCCAUUCUCUCUCUCCAAACACAGAAACCCUAAUUCUCCACUUGUUUUUUAUUUUUUUUCUAUUUGCCAUUAAAAACCAGAAGAAGAAGAAGAAGAAGAAGAAGACUUGACGAUGAAAUUUCUUUAUUAUUAUAUUUUUUUAAAAAAUUCUUAAUUAAUCCCCCAUAUUUGUCAGUUGGGUUUCUUCUCUUUUUCUCUUUUUCCUCUAUUUUCAAAUCCCAAAAGCAAAAAUAAAAAUAAAACAAAUUGUCCUUUUGUUUUUUAGAUCAUCACUGCCUUUAUUACUCAACCGAGUUUAUUUAUUGCCUUUCUUCUUCACACCCUCUUCUUCAGUUAUCGGUUUUUUCCCACCCUUUUUUUUUUCUUUUUUCUGUUUUCUCUCCAUGGAUUCUGGAAAUAGUGGAAGUAUGCAAUCCUCUAGCGGCGGCGACGACGAGUUUGAGUCACCUUCCGACUCUAUCUCCGCCUCCGCCGCCUUCACUUCUUUCCCUCAAAACUUCCAUUCUCAAUCCUCCGCCUCUGCCGCCGCCAUCUUUGAUCCUCUCUCCAAUUUAUUUGAUCCUCGAUCUUCACACCUUUCUAAUCAAAACCCACUUCUCAAUCUCGAUAUGCUUUGGUCCAGAACCGUCAGAUCCGACCAAAUACCCUCCGAUCUCCAUCCUCCACCUCCCAAUUCUGCAACCACCGAUCACAAUUUAUCCCCAAUUUCUAAUAAUUACUCUGCCGUCCAGAAUUACAAUAACCAUCCAUCUGACGCUACUAAUUCCUUCGCUCCUUCUGAUCACACUGAUUUGCAAAACAUUCCUAAUAAUUGUGCCAGCGCCGGUGCCAGCGGUGGUGGCGGUGCAGUGAACACCGGUAGAAACUCGAAGAAGAGGCCGAGAGCUUCACGACGAGCUCCGACGACGGUUUUAACGACGGAUACGACGAAUUUUCGUGCUAUGGUUCAGGAAUUUACCGGAAUUCCAGCUCCGCCGUUUACGGCUUCUUCAUCUUCUUCUCCGUUUACGAGAAACGCCGGGGCGAGAUUUGAUCUGUUCGGUGGUGGUGGUGGUGGUGGCGGUAACAGAACAUCAUCUUCUACACAUUUAGACGUUGUACCUAAUUCCACACAACAGACUUACCUUCUCCGACCAUUUCCACAAAAAGCGCCGUUUCUUUCUCCGUCGCCUUCGACUUUUCUCGCCGGCAGCAAUUUGCAAAACCCAAUUUUUGAUAUUCAAAACAUGUUUCAAUCCAACCCCAACAAAUUGAUUUCUUCGUCCAAUGAACAGAAUCUCAAAAUGGGUAUUUUCGAGGAGUUCGGUUUAACUACCCACGGUGGCCAUGGCCUCUCACCGGCCGGUCAAGGCUUACCCAGAAGCAACGGCAACCACAACAUCAACAACAACAACAACAACGGCCACCAUCAUACUCCGGCGAACUGGGUCAUGGGGGGUGGCGUUGGAGAAUCGAAUCAACAAGGUAUCAAUUUAAGAUCUAGUAACGGAAAUCUGAACGGGAAAUUGAUCAGGUACACCGCCGGUGGUGGAAAUUCGUCGGGAUUCCUCGGCGAUAAAGCAGUGGAGAAUUUAAGAGCUAGAAAUGAAGGUAUGGUGGAACCAUGGAUUUGUUCUUCUGAUUAGUUCAAAAAAAAAAAAAAAAAGAAGAAAUCAAAGAAAAUUGGAAGAAAGUGAUGAAAAAGAAAAGAGAGAAUUACAGUAGAGAGAGAGAAAGAGAAAUAGAGAAUCAUCUUCGUUAAUUAACAAUCCGCCAUUAUCAAACAUAAUUGAAACACCUUCGUUUUCUUCCUAACUAUAUUUAUUAUUAUCCUGUAAAUAACAGAGAUCUAUUUUUAAUUAUUUCCUCAUUAAUUAUUCAUAUAAUUAUUAUCA